GUUUUGUUAUGGACCUAAUUGUGCUUGAUGUUAUUUAUAACUGCUUAUGUUUUUUAAUAUACAUUAUCUGAUUUGUGCAGGUCAAUAACUGUCUGUCUUUUUUUUUUUUUUUGGGUUAACAGUUCUUUUGUUUUUCCCAUGGUAAUACAUGACAAAGUGAUGUUACGUGUGUGCAACCUCAUAUUUAUGCCCCAGGAAUCAGGACAUGGUUAAAAGCAGUAAAGAUUUUCUGGGAAUGAGACCAAAUGCAUUAAGAUGUUUUUGCCAAUGACAGUUAUUUUUCUUGAAUUAAAAAAAAUUCCUAAUUAAAAAAAUUUAAAAAGUUGCAUCUCGAAUUUUGGCAUGCAUGUGACUGAGAGAAUAUUUGAAUUGUUAUGUGCAAUGUUUAUUUUAUACAAUGAUUUUUGCUUGUUUUUAUGAAGGGUGCCAAUAAUCCUGGAGAGCAUCAUAUGUAAAUGUAUAUGACUGCACAUUUAAUUGUACUUACCUUUUAAUUCUGUCAAAUUUGUUAAUAUUUCACCUUUUGAAAGAUCUACUCAGUUCAUGGAAGUGAUAAUUUAAGUGAAAUAUUUGAAAGAUAAAAAAGGCACAUUGUAAAAGAAAGGGUCAUCUAUUCUUGAUUUCAAUUCAGACCUUUUCAUUUGAAAAUGGAAUGAAUGUAGUGGAAUAACUGGUAAAUAGUUGUAAUAAAUAAUGGAGAUUAUUUAUAGCAUAAUUUCGGCUCCAACUGCCACAAUGGCAACAUGGCCAUUUAAUAUAUUUGGGCAUAUUUCUUUGUUUAACUUUAAGCAUGAAUCAGAAUUCUGAUGUAUAGCAUGAGAGAGAGAGAGAGAGAGAGAGAGUGAGUGAGUGUUGGUCAACACAGCUACACACAAACUUUAUUCAUUUUAAUUAAAUUCUAGUUUUAGGAUAGAACAGGGAAGCAUUUAUUGCCAUGACAACAGUCUCAUACCACAGCUGAGAAAGCAAACAUUUUUUUUCUUAUGUGUUUGACUGCAUGCAGUGUGUAUGACAUUUAGAAAUCUUUAACUCUUUAAUAUUUCAACUACUGGUGAUUUUUGAGGCUUGUUAGAUUGACAGAAACCAAAGCUAAAACCCAAAAUGCAGGCUUGCUGUGAAAGGUUGCAAUUAGUACAUUUAUUUUAGUAGCAGAACUACAGUUGUCAUACCAGUUAGAAACAGUAUGUGUUGGGGAAAAAGUGUUUGUAAUUCUUCAUAAGUGUUUUGCAAGCCUAAAAUAAAUCACAAAUAUAGAAAGGAAUGUCACUAUUAAGACAUGAAAUGAACACCUUAUAGGGCAUUUUGCUCCACAGUCAUUUGUAUGCCACACACUCUCAAGAGUUUCAUAAUCCCAGGUGCAAAAGUCAAGAGAUGUAAAACGUUAUAGAGUCUGACAUCUACUGACCUUUUCGGGUACUGCAUAUUCUCGACUUUCUAUAAUGAGCUUUCUGUGUAGUCUAAUUUUUGCUGUGAAGAGUCUCUCUGCUCCAUGCCUGAAAGAUAUGGUACUGAUUAUCAUCUCUCAGAUUUGUGUCAAACUUGACCUUUUAUUGAUGCUAAAGGGGGGAUUAUGCAAGAGGGACUUAUGCAAGAGAUAUAUUUUUUUAUUUUUUUAUACUUGUGCUACUUAAAUUCAGAUAUCAGUCAUUGUGAUAUAUCUAAUAGAAAUUUUAUUUUAUAACAGCCAGAGAAAACGGAAGAGAGAACUUAUGUACUUAUGUCAGUAGUUGAAGGCUAAUCAUUUUAGUUUCAUGUAGGUCUUUAAAAUUCUGUCUCUUUACAAAUAUGCUCUUUGUUAUCCCAUAAAAGUUUUCCCAUAAAAGUCUCUGUUUUCAUUUGUGCUAAGAAUUCAACAUUAAAUAGUAAUUUUUGUCACAAGAUAUUCGUUUAAGGGUAGAGUUAUUUACUUUCUAGAUGUUCUAGAUAAUAGGCAGCAUGGUAAUGGUGCACUGGGUAGCUUUGCUGUCUCAUAGCUCUAGGGUCCCUAGUUUGAUGCUGAGCUCAGGUUACUGUCGGUGUGGAGUUUUGCAUGUUCCCCUGUGUUUGUGUGGGUUUCCGCUGGGUUCUCCAGUUUCCUCCUACUGUCCAAUAACAUCCAGAUAGAUGGAUUGGCUACUUACCAACCCUGUCACUGUGUUUGUGCAUGGUACACUGAUACUCCCACCCUGUGCCCAGUGUUGCUAGGAUUGGCUCCAGAUCCAUCAGAACGCUGACUGGGAUAAAGUAGGUGCUGAAGAUGAAUGAAUGAGAGUUCUAGAUCAUAAUCAUCAUCACAGUAAUAAUAAUAAUAGUAACAGCAGCAACAUAUGUUCUUCAUACUACUACCAGGGUAGAAUGGUAGAGCCAUCCAUUCAUCACUGCUUACUCCUUCUUCAGGGUCGCAGGGGAACUGGAGCCAUCGGGCACAAGGCGGGGUACACCCUGGACAGGGUGCCAGUCCAUCGCAGGGCACACACUCACACACCCAUUCAUACACUAUAGACACUUUAGAGACGCCAAUCAGGAAACCGGAGUACCCAGAGGAGACCCUGCAAGAGAACAUGCAAGCUCCGCGCGCACACACAUGGCACACAUCGAACCCCGGACGGGUGAGGCGAACGUGCUAACCACUAAGCCACCAUGUGCCCCAGAAUGGUAGAACCAUUACAGAUAAUAAUAAUAAUAGUGCAAAUAAUAUAGUUACUAGAUAGUUACUAUAGUGCUCACCAUAAAUAUGUAACUAAAUCUAUUUACACCAAAAAUUGAGAAAAUUGUUUAUGACUUAUGACUUUCAUUGAGUUGUUUUUUUAUUUGUUUUUUUAGGUAUAAUAUUUAAAAGAGUCUUGAUUGCUAUCUGUAUCUUUCCAUUUCUUGUAUAAAGGCCUACAGGUGCCUAAAUAGUCAUUAGUGAAAACUGGUGCCUUUCUUUAAGAAAACGUUGAAAUACUUUACUUCAGCCCGUGGACACGUGGAGAGGCACGUGACGAUAGUGAAGCGUAAGUGAGUUGCGAAUGGGGGAGGAGUUACGUUACAUUGCGUGAGUGUGAGGUGCACAGGAGAACCCAGAGGGGGAGGGGCUUCUAUAACUAAAGUCAGUGAUUGGCUACUCAAAAUGAAGGGCUGGUAAGCCCCGCCCCGCCUGUGAAUUAUGGCAUGUUAGCACCUAUAUGUCGUGUGAAUUUGUGGACGUUUUGAAGUGGUAUUCUGAAGCUGCGAUUGAAGAGAUUGUAUUGUUCUUUCGGUUAGAAGUGAGUGUAGGGAGAACAGUGUAGAUUAUAACCACCUCGGGUUUCUGAGAGUUCUCUCCGGUACUUAUACAAUAUAAAGUACAAGUUUGAAGGAGUGUAAACAAUGGUGCUGAAAUCGGAAGAUGGAGUCGGCAUAAAGAGUGAAUUGGAUAAGAGGAGAUAAUACAUCUGGCUGAACACAAAUACAUCUAUAAAGGACAGGCUUGUUUGCUCUGUUUUUAACUGAAACAGAAGAGAUAAAAAGAAAUCUGCAAUGGACCCACCCUAUCUAUACAACUCUGGUACUGACACAUUUCCUUUCUUUCUUGUCUUCUCCUGUGUGCCUCACCCUGGGCAGCUUCUCUCAUUUCAGCUCUCCCUCCCAAAAACAUUUCACGGUAAGUAUACAGCAUUACCACUAGGUGGAGCCGAGCGCGCUUCUGUCUGUGUGUUUCCUCUGGAGGAGAGGAGGGAGGACACUAGAGGAGGAUUUAUACCGAUGAGUAGUUUUGCAGAUAUAUUACAGAGAGUAAAGAGACUAGCUGUAGUACAGCUUUAUUGCCUGCAGUGCCAACUUCCUGUACUCUCCUCCAGCAUCUCCUUCCCAUCAUCCUCCUCCCUCUGGGAUUGGGACAGCGGUUUGUUCUAGCAUCAGCUUCUGAAAGAUUGAAUGGCUCAGUAGGGAUUACUAAAAGACGUUGGGAGGUCCUGGUUGUGUUAGGGGGAUGCUAAUCCUGACCCUCAGAUCCGAGUGGAAAGGCUGAUUGGAUCAAAGCUUACCAUAAAGAAUUAAAUGCCAGAUGACCUGACGCCAGAGGAGAAGCAGGAGCUGGAGAAUAUACGGCGCCGAAAGCAGGAGCUGCUUGAGGACAUCCAGCGGCUCAAGGAUGAGAUAGCAGAAGUGACGAAUGAGAUUGAGAAUCUGGGCUCCACCGAAGAAAGGAAAAACAUGCAAAGGAAUAAACAGGUGGCCAUGGGCCGAAAGAAAUUCAACAUGGAUCCCAAAAAGGGGAUCCAGUUCCUCAUAGAGAAUGACCUGCUGAAGAACACCUGUGAGGAUAUCGCUCAGUUCCUUUAUAAGGGUGAGGGCCUCAACAAGACUGCCAUUGGAGAUUAUCUAGGCGAAAGAGAUGAGUUCAAUAUUGAGGUUCUUCAUGCUUUUGUGGAGCUUCAUGAAUUCACAGAUCUCAACCUGGUCCAGGCACUCAGACAAUUCUUGUGGAGUUUCCGGUUACCUGGUGAAGCCCAGAAGAUAGACCGCAUGAUGGAGGCUUUUGCACAGCGCUACUGUCAGUGCAACCCUGGUGUUUUUCAGUCCACAGAUACCUGCUAUGUUCUUUCAUUUGCUGUCAUCAUGUUGAAUACAAGCCUGCACAACCCUAAUGUAAAGGACAAGCCUUCAGCCGAGCGAUUCAUAGCCAUGAACAGAGGCAUCAAUGAUGGAGGAGACCUACCAGAGGACUUGCUCAGGAACCUGUAUGAAAGUAUCAAGAAUGAGCCCUUUAAGAUACCAGAAGAUGAUGGCAAUGACCUAACACAUACAUUCUUUAAUCCAGACCGUGAGGGCUGGUUGCUGAAAUUGGGAGGGGGACGAGUAAAAACAUGGAAAAGAAGAUGGUUUAUCUUGACCGAUAACUGCCUUUAUUACUUUGAAUACACAACUGAUAAAGAGCCAAGAGGUAUUAUACCCCUGGAAAAUCUAAGCAUUAGAGAAGUGGAGGAUUCAAAGAAACCAAACUGUUUCGAGCUCUUCAUCCCAGACAAUAAGGAUCAAGUAAUCAAGGCCUGCAAAACUGAGGCAGAUGGUCGGGUGGUGGAGGGAAACCACACAUUUUACAGAAUCUCAGCCCCAACCACUGAAGAAAAAGAGGAAUGGAUCAGCAGUAUCAAAGCUGCCAUCAGCAGGGACCCCUUCUAUGAAAUGCUCGCAGCCAGGAAGAAGAAGGUGUCAUCUGUAAAGAGGCAGUAGAUCUUCCUGACUCCUUGAAUCUUUGGGGUCCACAUGUAUAUAACUGCAAGUUUAAGUGAGGAAUGCCCAAGUAAGAACUGGCCUGUGAUUUGGCAAGUGGACAAAUAAAAACUAGAAGCCAUAACUGUGGACUGGAUCAGUCCUACUCAGGAAUGCCCUGGCGUUUUAAGGGGGGAAAUGGUUAACUGCACUGGGAGUUUGUGUGAGCCUUAAGUGACACUGCUUUAGGACUGACUUUAUGCUUCUUGAGUAAACAUAAAAACAUGCGUAAAUCCUAAGUCAGGGAUUUGUAUGUAUUGACGGUUUAUAGCAUUGCACAACAGAGGUUCUCAAACUACAAAUGUUACAAAAUAAUAGCGUGUAAAUUCAUUAUGUAUAGCCUGUAUCACUCUAUGUAUAUCUUAAAUCAGCAGGUCUGACUGUACUAAGGCAACUGAAUUAAAAGCUACUGACAUACUUGUCAGAUUUGUUUGUUUGUUUUUGUUUGAUACGUGUACAGACAGUAGGAUAAGUAAAUUAUCUACACAUCCUCCUGAAUAUUUCAUAAGUCAUGGUUCUUCAUCAACUUCCCUAAUGACGUUCAAGUGACUUUUUGCUUGCUUGUAAUAAUUUGCUUUGUAUUGUCCACUGUGAUAUUUUAAAGCUCAUUCAACUGAAGAUAUUUGCAUUUGUCAUCUGCCAAAGCUAUUUUUAUAUGCCUUCAUAACUAAUGCAGUGGAUUGUUUUUAUAUUGGUUUGUCCAGACUAUUGUUCACAAAGAUGAAAUGUCCCAUUCUAACAGUGGCCUUACAUCCUGUAAUUUACAGUAUAAACAAGACACCUUUUUUUUUUUUUUUUUUUUUUUUUUUCUCUAAACUUGGGACUGUUUAUCUACUUGGCGUUUUUGUUUGACAUCAUCCAGUGAUACACUUAAAGAUGGAUUUGCAUUUUUGGCUCUCUCGGCUCCGAAAAGCAUUAUUUUCGUACAAAAGCACGGUCCAUCAUAUGUUAUUCCUUACUUAUAUGGGAUAACAAUGUUGCAUUCUAAACUAAAGUGAAAUAAUAAUAAUAAUAAUAAUAAUAAUAAUAGUGAUAAAUAACGAUGAUUGGUUAGCAAUUUUAGUGCAAGAUAUUUCAGUGUUUAACUUGUUUCUUUGUUGAAGUGCACUGAUAACUAUGAGAAAAGGCGAUUGUUAAUUUAUCAAUUCUGUAUAUAUUUAAAAAUAAAAAUUGUAUUUUUUGUCUGAA